ACAUAACUAUUUCUCACCUCCAGAUCCCACUUUCCUCCUCGCAGGACAGGAGACAUAUAAAUGGGUUAAGUGUAAGGGCGGGAAAGACCUCCCUCUCUCUCGCUUUUCUCUCUCUCUCUUUGCUGGUUCUCCGUAGCAGCCUGGACUCGAACCAACGGCGCGUGUGGAUGUGUCCACACGGUACGGAACAUUUCAAGAUUCAAAGAUUUAACGCUGCCAUGAGUGACACGUGAACCACUUGAUUGAUUGCUGUCACGUGGUCAGGUGACAGGCGGGUGAGUCCCGCGGACAGGGCGAGUGGAACCGAACUCAACCGGAGCGGACCGAUGCAGACGGACUGAAAGCACCUCCAUCAUCCGCGACGCGCCCUCAAGCCUUCCCGCCAGCCGGCGCAGAGCACACCGAGCCGGGGGCGACUCUCUCGGACGGGGGGGGCCCGGUGACUCCACACGCAGGAGGAAGAUGCCAUUCCAUCAUGUGCGUGCGGGUCUUCUCUAUCCAGACAACUACCUGACCAGCUCGUUAACAGAAGGUUCUGAAGCCUUCCAGCUCACCAGCAUCUCCACGGAGGAGCUCGGAGAGAUCCGUGAGGCGUUCCGUGUUUUGGACCGUGACGGGAAUGGCUUCAUCUCUAAGCAGGAGCUAGGAAUGGCCAUGCGCUCGCUGGGUUACAUGCCCAGUGAGGUGGAGUUGGCCAUCAUCAUGCAGAGGCUGGACAUGGAUGGGGAUGGUCAGGUGGACUUUGAGGAGUUUAUGACGAUACUGGGGCCCAAGCUGCUGUCAUCCGACAACAGAGAAGGUUUCCUUGGCAACACCAUCGACAACAUCUUCUGGCAGUUUGACAUGCAGCAGCUGUCCCUGGACGAGCUGAAGCAGGUGCUCUUUCACGCCUUCCGCGACCACCUGACAAUGAAGGACAUUGAGAACAUCAUCAUCACGGAGGAGGAGAGCCUCAAUGAGACCUCAGGGAACUGUCCCGAGUACGAGGGAGGAAAUGAAGUGGAAAAGUGUCACAGCCCGUUACCCACAAUCCUUUGAACGUCAGACAAGAAGCCGCUCAUGACGAUCUUGGUCCUGAUGGUGUUCCCGACAUGUCAGGACAGCGUGAAUCUUGCAUGUGUUUAAAAUGUACUCUCUGCUUAUUUCUACCGCUCAGUCAAAUGUGAGCCGUUGUUGCUUCCAACUUGUCUCUUCUGAAAUAUUCAUUUCGUCAACGUGACAAAGAUUCAUGAAGGGGCGGAGGAGCUUGAGGACAUACUCAAGGAAAUACAUGAGGACACACACAGGGAGACACGUGAGGUCACACACAGGUAGACAUGUGAGGACACACACACAGGGAGACAUAUAAGGAGACUCAUACAAAGAGAAGGCUGAAGACACACACAAGGAAACCCACACAUGGAGACACAUGAGGACGUACAUGAGGACUCAUACAAAGAGACAUCCAUCCAUCCAUCCAUUUUCUCUAUCGUUUAUCCUCACGAGGGUCGCGGGCAUGCUGGAGCCUAUCCCAGCUGUCUUUGGGUGAGAGGCGGGGUACACCCUGGACUGGUCGCCAGCCAAUCACAGGGCACAUAUAGACAAACAACUCACACUCACAUUCAUACCUAUGGACAAUUUGGAGUCACCAAUUAACCUAGCAUGUUUUUGGAAUGUGGGAGGAAACCGGAGUACCUGGAGAAAACCCACACAUGCACGGGGUGAACAUGCAAACCCCACACAGAGAUGCCAAGCGGGGAAUCGAACCCGGGACACAUGAGAACACACACAAGAAAAUACCCAAGGAGACAUAUGAGGACACACACAAGGAGACACAUGAGGGAUGAUGGACCUCUUGUUUGGUUCUGGUCUAGAUUCUGGUCCUGUGAUGUUUUUAGUAAAAAAAAAGUCAGCCUCCUUCCUUGAUGCUUGCUUCCAUUCCGUGGCGGUCCACUGCCGCUGAUCCCAUUAGAUCCAGAACUCGGAACCAGCUUGACUUAUCGAUGCCACUCAGGUUGUAGAGAAGAGACACCUCUGUCUUGUCACGGUCACACCUUGUGUUCAUAUUGCAUCAUCUUUCAUUAAGUCAGGUAUGUCUUAUGUCCUUGUGUGCCGGUUGUCCCUCAGUGCAUCCCAUGAAGAAGAACCGUCAGACGUGCGUCAGGAAAAGUCUCAUCUGCGCCUUCGCCAUAGCGUUCAUCAUCAGCGUCAUGCUGAUUGCAGCCAAUCAGAUGCUGCGCAAUGGCAUGGAGUAAACACUUGUGAGCACUGUGAGCACCGGGACACAUGGACCACAUGGACCACAUGGACCACAUGGACACUAAUGAAUCAGGACGGAGGCUGUUGGACCACAAUGGACCAGGAUGGACCUAGAUGGAGCAGAGCAUGUCAUUCUUUGUUUUGAUUUGAAUGAGGAGAGAUGUUCAUUUGAGGAUGUCACCUUUUCAACUGACUGGACUCACUGAGAACUGGAAAAGAAUUCAAUUUUUCUAAACUAAAAAGAAUGGAUUUUAUUUUGCUGACUACCCUUUAAAUUACUUUUCUAUUUAUUGACAACACUGAUCAGGUGCUUGGAGCCAUUCCUCAUCUUCUUGUCAGUGAACACUCAUUAUGGAUCCUCUCCUGUCCUACAUGGAGCACAACUUGUCCCCAAGUCUGGUAGAAGAAGAAGAAGGAGGAGGAAGAGGAGAGGAGUGUGUGAUGGUGAAAGGAGGACAGAGGCGAGGACUGACGCUGGGAAAACAUCUCAUUGUCAUUCCACCAGUGUGCUAAAUGUAGGUCACACAGUAGCAUGCUAACACACUAAACACCCCUCACUAUUGUACUGUAUAUAAGAUAUUUAUGGAUGAUAUUUAUAUAUAUCAUACGAAUGUAUUAUGUAACCGCAUAAUAACAACAGAAUGUAUGAAGGCCAUUGUUAGAUUAGGGAUGUGUGGAGGAGGCUGCCCCCUAGUGGCCCCUAUGAAAACUGCAGCCAUGUUUGAACAGGUGCUGAGAGGUGACGGAUAAAAGACGUCAGACAAAAGUGAUCAUUUUGGCAAACAGGGUCAUGACCUCAUACAGUGGAACCUCCCAAGUUCGACACAACACUGCUUGAUUCCCAGGUUGAUCCCAUUUUAAUACAUUUUUCCCACUGAAAAUAAUGUGAAUAAAAAACAUGUUCUAGUUUGAGGUGUUAUAACACGUUCAUGAAAUGUACAGGCAAUGUUUUAACAUUCUUAAGUGUCAUACAAGAAGUUAACCUGGCACUCUCCUUCUCUGGGACAACUUCAAAAAACCCAAAGAAAAAAGCUAAAGUUCAUAUUCUUGCAUGAGGCAACAUUCGAGGCAUUUUUACACCUCCCACAAUAAGUGAAGCUAAUUAGGGCUCUAUGGCUAAUCUCGUUUAAUUUUUGGCAUCACUGAAUGUAAAAACGAGGGUUAAUUAGUCGUCCUUGUGUGUGAAGGUCAUUUUGGUUGAACUCUGAAAUUGUACCACUUUAGGGGCGUUCCACUGUAAUAAUAACAACUAGUUCAAUAACACCGAGUUCAUAGGCGAAUGAAUGAGUCCAUAUUGAUGUACUAUAGUUAGUGUAAAUGCAUGAUGUCAUCCUUUUUGUGACGCGACAGUGGGCGAGAGGGCAUUUUGCUGAAUAUGCAAGGUCACGUGAUCACGGCUUUUGAUGCUUCUUCAACCCCCCCACACCCCUGGAGCCGCCGUCAUCGUCACUUGCUUGGCGACUCGUGCACGCGCGCCUCACGGGACGAUAUGUAGAUUUCAUCACAUGACCACACAAGCGCGGCAUGCUGCUUUGAAGAAGAGAAGGAAAAGAGCAAUAGUUGUAUAGUUAUCCAAUCAUUUAUUUCGCAUACUAUAUAUAUAUCUAUCUAUAUACACACAUAUGUUUAUGCAAUAAAGCCUUGUUUUUAUAAGAAGUAUCUGCUUGCUUGCUUGUUUUCACGUUUGGACGGUCAGUGGCCACUUCAUUAUGGUACACACUAAAUAGCGAUAAAGCUAGGGGCGGGCGGAUCGAUAUAGCAUCGAUACCAAGAGUAUUGAUAUAUGAUCGAUACUAGCAUGGUGAGAUCGUUAUUUUUCAGUUCUCGUCUCGUCUGUUUCACCAAUGUUUAUUGUUUUGUUGUUAAUACUGUUGAUAUUGUUCUAUUUAGUUACAUUUAUUUACGGUUAUGUAUUUACAUUUUGUUGUAUUGUUUACAAACUCAGGGAAUAAGUUCUUAGUCACAGUAGGGCUUUGGGGCAAAAAGCCAAAGGAUUUAAAUGAGAGCCAAUUGUAGUUUUUACUUUUCUUUAUUUUGCAUUAUGGAUGUUAUUUUUCUCAAAGUCUAUGUAAUAAAAGGGAAUAAUUAUUUUCUUGAUAUUGUAUUAAAUAUUGUUAAAAUUGUUCACAAAUAAGUUGAUAAAGAACAUUUGU